AUGGCCAAUUUACUCGAUUUGCCAACCGAACUGCUGCUUCGCGUUGCGGAGUCGCUCACCCCUAGCGAAGGUACCGACAAUCCAACGCUUGCUAGCCUAUGCUUGACCUCGCGCCUACUCCGAGCUGUUGCUCAACCGAUCCUACAUACCUACGUCCACGUGUCUAUUCAGCUGUAUCCAGGGCCUCUGUGGCUCUUCCUUCGAACCCUGUUGGAACAUCCGACACUAGCCAAGAGAGUUGUCGUUGAGAUUCUGUCUCGAUUGCCCAGUCUGGAGCACAUCGCCCUAACAGCGCUGUAUGAUCACCCAGGAUCAAUCCUGAGCUCGCUGCAUACGUCGCCAGUGGAUCCCAACCAUUUCGCUAAACUGAAGACCUUCCAUCUCAACAAACAGUACGAAGACGGACCGGUCAACCUCGCCGGUUACAUUCCGGUCCUGCAACUACCCUCCGUUGAGCGUGUGUCGACCGAAAAUAGCGUUCCCACCGGACUAGGGGACCUACCGCCUACAAAUGCACUCAGCCACACGGAACUCGAGCUAUUCUGGUGCUUCGUGAAUCUUCCCACGCUCCAGGAUCUGCUCAAAGCAUGCUCUUCUCUACGAAGCGUCUCCUUCGUCAUUCCGAAUGAAUGGCGCUACCGCACAAUGCAAGACGUGGGAGUCUACUCGCAGUUUGCGCCCCAAGAAUUCGUCAUUGCACUCCUUCAAACGCACAGUCACACCCUCGAGAUGCUCUGGGCAGACUUCCACGCCUACUACGACCUAUACGAGCGCGAGAUUGUUGAAGAGAUGGCAGAAACAGGCCGUGAGAACUCAGCGUAUGUCUACCCAUCGUUCCGCGGCUUCGACAACCUACGGCGCAUGACGAUCGAAUUUGGACGGUUGGUGCGGGUGAGGGAUCUACCCGAGGCGCUGGAGAGCUUGAAUCUCAGGCAUUGCGAGUUUGCGGAAUUGGAUGAGGGGUAUUUGAAAGAUCUCUUGGAGAUGAAGGAUAGGUGGUGUCCGAACAUCCGGGAGGUCAUUGUUCAUGGCACGGAUGAGAGCGUUGAGAGCAUAUUGCUAGCUCAAGAGCAUGCGAGAAGACUAGGUGCGCUGUUCGGUACUUCGGCUGAGGACGGCCGCGUGGUGACUUUCUUGGGACUCGGAUUCUGCUUGCAGCUCCAAUGUAUGCCGGGUAAAUCGCUGCGACUGCAAAGUUCGGAGGAGCAGGAAGGAGAGGACGAAGACGGGGAUGAGGACGAUAAUUAG